UCUAAUUCAAACCAGGAGUGUAUGUGGAGAAAGAGACGAAAGUCUCACUCCUCACUCUGUCUGCAGACUUGAGGGUCUCGUGUCAAGUUUUGUACUUUUGCAAUCUUGUUUUCUAUUUUCCCCACCUAAAUGAGGACUACAACAUUUGCACAUUUGUGACCUGGAUUCUUGACUUGUUUUAAUGUUUCCCAGCUUGUUCUAGCAACCAGAUGUAUUUUACGAGCCAGCUGACCUACCCGUGAGAAUGUUUUGCUACUUUUGCACACAAUGGCUUCUAGUUGCCGUCAUGUGGAGCCUCGCUCCCCCGAGCUCGUCGGCUGCACGGAGGAAAAACACUUUGAGCAAGAGUCAGCUGGACCCCAAUGUGAAGGAUUGGGGCGACUAUUCGGACCUCCCCCCAGGAAUGGAGCUGGGCAUGGGUGAAGACAGACAACGUGGAUACGACAACAGAGAAGAUGGAGGAUCGUCGUUGAGCUUCACCCCUGAGUUAGAUUUCCUUUCUGAAUUUGCAGGUAAAAAGCGAUUGUGGGUAAUAACAGCCACUUCAUACAAUGACCACUACCUUCGCAUGAUGGAGAAACAGCUUGAAGACAUGGACCAGAAAUUGCUCAACUGCCGUCUAGCCGAAAGAGACACUUUCAUUGUCACCAUCAUCCAAAACGCCAUGAUGGAUGGGAGGAUCCAGAAGACCACCGUACAAGGAGAGGCCACAGUGGAGACGUUGGACCCUGACACUGUCACCAAGUUGCUGCACUAUCUUGAACUCACCCAGGACCAAGCGUUCAACAUGUUGGUGCUGAAAAAAAAUCUGAGAGUCAGUGAGCGCUUCCCCUUUCCGGUUCGAAUUGAGGCAGUCUUGGAGGUCAUUGAUCAGUUGCCCGUGAGGAAGUUGGAGAAGAUAACCAGAAAAGGAUCCAAACUGAGGUGUGACAGCACCAAAAAGAAAGUGAUGGUGAAAAGGAAAAAGAUGAAGAAGAGGAUCAUUCUGAGUCCGCACAAGCAAAGCAAUCGGACUUCAGUGGUGACGCUGCAAAGAAAGCCGCCGAUGGACAAAAAGGCCGCGCUUAAGAGUCAGAUCCAGGAUAUACUCAACGGCAAGUCGAGGUUUAUAAUUUGGAAGGAGCCAGCUGGGGGGAAAAAGGAGCCUAGCGCUGGCGGCAAACAGGAAGAGGAAAAAGAGAAUACGCAGCGUCCUCAUGUGUCAACAGGAAAAGAGGAAGUGAAGAAAGAAAGGCCAAAAGUAGAGCCGGCAAAACCGGCUGAGGAGAGUCAAAAUAAAAAUGAAGAAAAACAAAAAGCCAGAAAAAAGGGCAAAGGGAAAAAAGGAAAGAAAGGUAAAGGAAAAGGAAAAGGAAGAAAGUCCCACAAAGAAGCAAGCGAGGAGGACAAAACCGCCUUGAAAGACUUUCUGGAUCAUUUCAAGGGGAAGAGAAGGUUGAUGCUGAUAUCGACCCCCACCUUGGACGCGACGCUAUUUGCGCAACAGAGCGCCGAGAACGACAAGCGGAGCUGCGAGCUGGCCGUCAGGAAGGUCACCGUGGCGACCAUCGUGGGCAAAGGCAACGAUGCCACUCUGGCGUUGCAGCAUCAUCGACUCGACUCGGAGUUUCCGUUUGGUGAGCUACCAGAGCAGUCGUCUGAUUCGGGCCUGAUCUCACUGUUACGAUCCCAGCUGGGUUUGUCUUCCUCUGAUUUGUUCUCCAUGACCGUCACCGACUACGACAUGGAGCCCAACAGAGUGUUUGAGGCGCCUCUGUCGAGCCUCGCUUUAUUCGACCACAUCGACAACUUUCCAUCGAGGCACCCUGAGAUAGAGAAAGAAAGGAAACGUCCUCCAUCUUGCGGCGCUGACAAGCAACAAUCCGAAGUUGAGAAUUCCUUGCUCAGGUUCGUGUCGAAGAGGAGACUGCUGAUCGUCUCGGCUCCGACAGAGGACGACUAUUCUUUUCAAACGCAGCUGUCUGCUCUCAACGGGCAUGAAUGUCACCUUGGUAUUCGCCACUUUGCCAUGUUGAAGCUAAUCGGGGUCGGAGAAAAAGCCUCGGGGACCGUUGAGCUGUUCCCUCUCAAUGGUCGCAGUCAGAGUGAAGUGGAGCCGCUGUCCCGCACGGCGGUCAACAACCUACGCGAGCAGCUGAAGAUCAGCAAGGACUACUUCAGCAUGUUGGUGGUGGGCAAGGAUAGCGAUGUCAAGGCCUGGUUCCCCUCGCCCAUGUGGUCUCUGGAGAGCGUCUACGACCUGGUCGACUCGACCGAGCUGCGUCUGCAGGAGGAGACGCUGCAGAGGCGGCUCGGGAUCCACUGCCCGGAUGCGCACGGGAGGGGAGGAGGCGAGGAGGGGGGAGGUUACCACGGUUACGGGGGAGAUCAUCACCACUCGCAAUGAAUUGACCGGAGAUUAGAAAAUAUUUUCAAUAAAUGCGAUAAUAGUUGUUUUUAGUCCUUAUUUUAUUUUAAGCUUAACUUCUUUUUCUGUUUUAAUACUUUAAACAGGGCUUUUUUUUCCCCUCCCAAACGAAAUCUCUUUUCUUUUGGAAAUCUGCAUCGUAAGGAAUCCACAGAAAAGUUUUCAAAAGCUACAUGCGUGAUAAAAAAUAAAUAAUUACGCAACACAGUGCUGCCAAAUGCUGAUUCUGGAACUACAUCUGUUCUCGCAAAUAAUAAUAAAACUGUCGAGUGGAA